CUCCUUUUUCGCGACACAAAGCCUGUGUUCCGUUGUAAGAGAGUACGAUCGUGGUCACCAUUACAAUCGCAGAGGUGGUCAUACGUGACUUUUGCUGUCAUACGGCCCACACACGCACACAUUCACAAGCUCCAUAGUUACCAUGGCAACUGCUUGCAAACUCAAACUGCCAUGAGUGCGCGAACAUUGCUCGAAGCACCUCCAAAAGAGCGCCUUCUACGAUUCCUGCGACGUCAGUGAAAUACUCUACACAUCGUCAUCCAACCCAUAACUGCGCGAUCUCCGUCCGAAUUUCAGGAUGAUGGAUUCUCGACCAACAACUUCGUCAUCUAACAGACCUCAGUCUCCAAAUAUGCGGUCUUUCACAGCAGCCACACAGCGCAGUGGGCUUCUCGGCGCAGUUAGUCGCCUAAGCGGGCGACCGGGCACGCGCGCAGGCCCUCCUACGGCAAUGCUUUCGCAGAUGAACAUCCCGGAGCGGCCUAUGACCCAGCAUGGCCUUGUGGCGCCGAAGACGGCUUUAAAAUCGUCACAGCGACAGAUUCAAGACAAAACUUAUUUUAUCGGCUUGCUGAGAGCAAAAAUGACAGAAUUGAGUGCGGAGACUAAUCGUUUGCAACGAGAAAACGAAUUACUUGCUCAAGAGCAAGCUACUUACUCGUCAUAUGAAAAGAAAGCAGAAGCUUUAAGUGCUGAGCUAAAGGAGCUGCAAGGCGAAAUGGCUGACUACAACUUGCUAGUCGACAAGUUGAACACGGAUGCUGACAUGGAAGAUGUCAAGGAAGAGUACAGAGAACUUAAGAGCCAGAAUGACCAGGAAGUGAACAGCGUAGAACUUCUCUUUGAGCAGCGACAAGACCGCGAGCGCCAACUUCGGCAGCUUGAAGUGGAGAUCGAGCAGGAAAGGAACAUGGCUGAUAACAUAAUAGCAGCAAUGCAACCAGAGCUACGUCACAGAUAUACAGAGCAGAAAGACAUUAAUCAAUCACUUGUUGACCAACUGGACAAACUACAACAGCAGCUUCAAGGUCUUCAGUUGCAGAAGACUGCCUUAGAAGAUGAUAUUUCAUUGUCUCCGGUGAAACAAGAAGCAGUGAAGCUCUAUGAACGGUUGAGGGAACUAGGAGAAAAAAAGUCACUUUUGGAGGAAGAACAGAAGAAACGAGGGACUCCAGCCCAGGAACGGGAGCGACUGCUUGCUCAGGUCAAAGAAGACAACAGUGAACUGUCAAGCAUGGAGAGGCAGGCAUCUGAGGCACGUGAGCGCUUAGGAAAACUGCAGGAGGAACUGGCUCAGCUCGACCAGGAGUUAGAGGAGCACAAUGGAGAACGACAAGCUAAGUAUCAGGAACUCCGCAAGCGUGAGGAAACGAUGGAUGCUUUCCUUGAUAGCUUUGAAGAGGCCCGUCAAGAUGAACACAAGCGCCAGGAGAAGCUCCAGGGGGAAAUAGUGCAACUUCUUGAGAGCUGCUCACGCUCUUUACCCCACUUUUUGACUUUACCAAGCCAAGAAGAAAUGGCCGUACUCAAGGAUGACCUGAUAUUCAAGGAAACUGAAAUGGAGAAGUCAAAAACGACACUAUCUGCUCUAGGGCUGGAGCAGAAAAAGCUGGCAGUGGAUUUGCAGAAGGCAAAGCAGCUAGAAAGCAAAGUUCAGCAAGAGCUGGACAGCCUCAGAAACAAGACUAAACAGAUGGAGGAAGAGAUGAUUGUGUUUGGUGACCUGGACAAACUGAGAAAUUCCUCAGAGCUAAAGAAGCAGGAGCUGUUGGCAGAGAAGGAAGCUUUGCAGAUAAAAAAGGGGCCAACUCGAAAGGUGGUCGAAGAGCUGCAAGCCCAGUAUGACGAAGCAAGAGCUGCACUGAAUGAAGAAGAAGGCUACACACGCUUAGUCAACCUGGAACGCCGCUGGCAGCACCAUGAGCAGAAUAACUUUGCUGCACAAGAGUACAUAGAAGCUAAGCUGGCAGAGUACAACUAUCACCCCAUCAGGCAGGAUGUGCAGGCACUGCUGGAAACCUAUAAUGCUGCCUUGCAGGAAAGCCUUGCAAAGGCAUCUUAUGGCUGAACUGCCUAGCAUAUUAUUA